AUGUCGGGAGUUGUUUAUGAUAGCGUUGCUGGCGUUGCUGGCGCAGGGAACCUCUUUGCUGGAAUUAAGCUCUUUAUUCUACGGCGGGUUCCGCUUCGAGUGUACUGGAAACAGUCUGUUGAGGCGAAUGGAGGCGAGUUGGUGUUGCUAGAGAAGCAGGCCGACUACGUGAUAGCCGAUCACGCAAGAAAAGACGCUCCGCCAGGUUCUGUUUCCUGGAAAUGGAUCGAGCAAUCCCUGAAAAAUGGCGCGCUGGAGGACACGGAGAAAUACCCGGCAGGGCCAUCCGAGCCGCAAGUCAGAGAUGUUGGGUCGGCACUGCCUCCAAGAUAUGGCAGAACCCCGUUCACAUCAGAAGAUGACCGUGUGCUCAUGAAAUGGGUUGCGGAGGCAGAACGCCGGGGCUUAUCGACUAAGGGCAAUGAAAUCUACAAGCAGCUAGAGAAAGUGAAUUCCCGGCAUACUUUCCAAUCUUGGCGAGAUCGUUGGGUGAAAUACGUCUCCCAUCGCGCUCGGCCGGAGCUUUCUGACGAAGAGGGUGACGAGGGCCCGCUCCCUCCCCCAACAAGCCGCAUUUCUCGUCGACAUGUUUCACGACCUCCUACACAUGCAUCAUCGUCAAAUGCGGCUCAAAGCCGACCUCCCCAAACAACUCCGCCGAAGCAGACCGCAGAUCAGCCAGGCGUUCAAACACCGAAGCCUUUCUCUAUGCGAGAUGAACAACAGCUCCUUGAUGCGUAUGACGAUAUUAUGAAUAUCGAUGAUGAAAAAGUCAUAGCUGCCUGGAGUGCAUGGGCAGAUACGUAUCCUCCUCACUCUGCACAAGAGUGGCGCAAUUACUUCAGAAACAAGAUUAUACCCAUGAAGAAGGCUCGGGAAAUGAAAGCGGUUGAGCAGAAGGAGGCAGUGGAGGAGACAGAGGAGGAGACAGCGGAGGAGUCAAAGGUAUCCAUAUGUCGUCCACAAGCAGCCGCAUUGUCUGAUACAGGAUCCGAAGCCAUGCCGGAGAAUCCAAAACCGGUGAACAUACCCGAAAUCGAAGAUCCCCAAGAGUCGUCCGGAAACUCUCAGGACUCCCAAGCAAGCGCUAACUGCGCGAGCAUGGGCACCGUCGCAGGCAGGCCACUCAAUUCUACCACAUUGAAUGAGGAGCUCUUCAAGGAGGACCUGGCUUUACUAGCUGAGUCGCUGGAUCUCGUCGUGGAUUUCCGUCCCACGAUCUCUGGCCGAACAAUUCCCCUCUUCAGGCUGUGGCAAGUGGUCAACUCUCCUGGGUUUGGAGGACACGACGAAGUAACUCAACAGAAUUUGUGGCCACGGGUAGCAAAAGAACUCAACUUCAACGAGUUUCAGCAUCCGGCUGCCGCAGGGGAGCUCAGCAUGUGCUACGAGGAGAUCCUUACGGAAUUUGAACAAGCAAGGGAGGAAUACGCAAACGCAAAUCAAGAUUCAACCGAAUCCCAAGACCAAGCGCUGCUCGAGGCCCAACUUCUGGGAGAUACAACAUGCGAACCACAACAUCCUGAAGAAGAGCACCACUACAGUGGUGAUAUUAACCACCCUGCCUCAACCCCAGUUCAAGCAGCGGCUUCGACUUCAGGCAAACGUUUCUUCAGUACUUAUUCCUCCGAGGCUAGCUCCGGAGAUAACAAAAGGCAACGAGUCGAUAAAGGAAAAGGCAGGGAGCGAGACAUCCCAGUCACCCCUUCGGAUAUACUCAACAGCACGCGUAGCGUGAGCUCCCACCGCCCCUCGCCCUCUAAACGUUCGGUUGGCUUCGGAGCCCAGUUCGAAGUCCACAGAGGCGAUGAUAAUCCGGAGGUCUUCAUUAGCCCGAUUCAACAGCCAAAAAUUACCUAUGCGGAGGCUCAGCGCCAACGAGUCCAUCUCGAACCGGAGACGCAAGAUUUUGUAUAUCCGGUGCCAGAAGAAAACAAGGACAAGAACACACCCAGUCCUGUUUGUUCCCAUACUGAAAAUCCAGAAUCCGACAAGCUUAGCUAUGCCGACGAUACGAACUCAGGCAGAAACUCUCCUACUGACUCCACCGACACCGAAACCGAUGCGCAAAAGUUAGCGGAACUCCAAGAGUUCAUGGACCAUCAUGUUGCCCUGGGCUACCAGAAGUCCAUUGUCAAUGAAGCCAUGAUAGCUACGACGAUAGAGACGGGCAAUGCGGCGGUUGUAAUGGAGGAAUUGACCAAGGGGAAUGGGAUCCCGGAAAAUAUUGAGGGUGUGUGGACAGCGCGGGAUGAUAAGGAAUUGGAUGCCGACGAAGGGAGCGAGGAGUUUCGAAAGCUGCUGGCAAAGCAUACAUGGGAGAGGAUAAUUUCUAGGAGAGAAUUUUUGCAGACGAUGAGGGAGGAGAGUGUUGGGUAA